CUUCUCCUUCCCAGCCGCGCAGGCGGGGCGGCAGCGGGAGCUUCCGGGCAGCGGCGGGGAGGUUGUCGAGGGCAGGGGCUCGCCCCUUUCCUCCUCGGCGGGGCGGUCCCGUGAGCGGCCGUCGGCGGGCAGGCCUCUCCACCAUGGAGCCGCGGGGGGGACGCGCCGCCCGCCUGGCUUUCGGCCUGGCGCUGCUCUGCUCCUCGCUGGACCCUGCCGCGGCAGCGCCGGCGGGCCCGCAGCCCCCCUCCGCAGUGGGGCAGUUCUGGCAUGUAUCCGACUUGCAUUUAGAUCCAACUUACCACAUCACUCUGGAUCGCACCAAAGUUUGUUCUUCUUCAAAAGGCGUCAAUGCUUCUGACCCAGGGCCUUUUGGAGAUUUUUUGUGUGACUCACCCUAUCAGCUUAUUUUGUCAGCAUUUGCAUUCAUGAAGAAUUCUAAACAACAGGUUUCAUUCAUGAUUUGGACAGGAGAUAGUCCUCCUCAUGUUCCAGUGAAAGAACUCUCCACAAAGUUGGUCAUUAACAUCAUUGGCAAUAUGAGUUCUACAAUACGUAAUUUCUUUCCAGAUCUUCAGGUUUUCCCAGCUUUGGGCAAUCAUGACUACUGGCCGCAGGAUCAGCUUCCUGUAACUACCAGUGAAGUUUACAAUGCCGUAGCAGAUUUCUGGAAGCCUUGGCUAACUGAUGACGCAAUCAGUACCUUCAGAAAAGGUGGCUUCUACACACAACUGUUUGAAUCCAGUGUUAGCUCUCAGCCCCUGAGGAUAAUCAGUUUGAACACAAAUUUAUAUUACAGCCCCAACAGAGUAACUGUGAAUAUCACUGACCCCGGUAACCAAUUAGCCUGGCUAGAGGGAAUACUAGAAACCUCUUCACAGAAGAAGGAAAAGGUAUAUAUAAUAGGACAUGUACCAGUAGGAUACUUACCGUUUGCAAGGAAUACUACAGCUAUCAGGGAGUAUUACAAUGAAAGGCUGGUAAAGAUUUUUCGCAAAUACAGUGGUGUUAUUGCUGGGCAGUUUUUUGGACACACACACAGAGAUAGUAUCAUGGUCCUCUUGGAUGAAGAAGAACAACCGGUAAAUUCCUUGUUUGUGGCACCUGCUGUAACCCCAGUGAAGAAUGUGUGGCAAAUGGAAUCCAAUAACCCUGGUGUCAGAUUGUAUCAAUAUGAUCGUCUUAAUUAUAACUUGCUGGAUCUUUGGCAGUUUUAUUUGGACCUCAGAGAUGCCAACAAGAAAAAUGAAUCAAACUGGAAAUUAGAAUACAUCCUGACUAAAGCUUAUGGCGUAGAAGACUUGAAGCCAGAAAGCUUAUAUGAAAUGGCCAAGCAGUUGUCUGUGCCACACAGCAAACUGUUUGAGCAGUAUUACAGUAACUUCAUUGUGAGUUAUGAUAAAACCAUUGUCUGUGAAGGAGGAUGCAAAACCUGCCAGAUAUGUGCAAUCCAAUAUUUGGAUCAUUCUUCGUACACAGAUUGUAUCAAGCGGGAAGCACCUUGGAGAUGAAGUCUCCAGUGCAAUCUGUGUGAUACUAACUUUAGACUGUGAUUUUUAAAGAAUCUGUUCGUCCUCUCACUCAACAGCUGACAUGCUGGCAUGAAGCCUGUGGAUCUUCACGGAAUUUCAGGGGAGCAAUGAAUCUCCCCAAUUUUCUUUUCAUUCUUGUAAACAUAGUUUCCUUCCACAUCUAAAUAAAAGCUGAUUGGCUGUGUAAUAGUGGCCAGAUAAUUA